AUCAUCUUAAUGUCGAUGCGCGUGACGUCACCGCGCCGUUACCCGAGGAGCGAAACAAACAUGGCGACAGAGUGGAGUGGACAGGGCUACCUGCUAACUUUAGUCGUAGUCCUUUGGAGCGCUGUGGGGGGUCGAACGGAGACGACGAGUGUUGGCUGGAGCCAGAUAUUGGGCAUGAGACUGGAGAGGAGCAAUAAACCGGCCACAAUCACCGAGGACGGUGUCAUUCAGGUAACGGAAGAGAGCAGUGUCCAGCUCAGGAUUUACGGGCUGCAGCUCAGUUCGGACUCAGCUUCCCAGAUCCGGUUCGCGGAGAUCGACGAGGAUAACAGGACUUGUGUCUCCGAUUUUACCAAAGAUAUUAGUGUCGUAAAUUACAUGAACGUUAGCAGUCGGGGGACAUCAGGUGUAGUGAGUGUAAACGUCAAGCCGCUACGAAAAACUGAGCGCGAGCGGGAAUAUGUCGCGUGCAUCAGGAGUCAGGAAGACAAGUGGCACCUGCUGUCAGAGAACGACGGUAGGUUACGAGUUGUGGAGGAGAAAACUUCUCUGCUCCCUCUAUGGCUUCAGAUCAUCCUGGUGUCGUGCCUGCUUGUCCUGUCCGGUAUGUUCAGUGGACUAAAUCUGGGGCUCAUGGCAUUAGAUCCGAUGGAGCUUCGCAUAGUGCAGAGUUGUGGUACUGAUAAAGAAAAGAGGUAUGCCCGCAAAAUCGAGCCCAUUCGUAGGAAGGGUAAUUACCUGCUUUGUUCCUUAUUGCUUGGUAAUGUCCUUGUAAAUACCACGCUUACUAUCCUGCUGGAUGACCUUAUCGGAUCAGGUUUUGGCGCAGUAGUGGCAUCCACUGUGGGCAUUGUGAUUUUUGGGGAGAUCGUGCCACAGGCACUUUGUUCUCGCCAUGGUUUAGCGGUUGGUGCCAACACCAUCCUGCUGACCAAGUUCUUCAUGCUCCUCACCUUCCCACUGUCAUUUCCCAUCAGCAAGCUCCUGGACUUCAUUCUUGGCCAGGAAAUUGGAACAGUUUACAAUCGGGAGAAGUUGGUGGAGAUGCUCAAGGUGACAGAACCAUACAACGACUUGGUUAAGGAGGAGCUCAACAUGAUUCAGGGUGCAUUGGAGCUAAGGACCAAAACAGUGGAGGAUGUCAUGACACCACUGAACAACUGCUUCAUGAUCAAAUCUGAUGCUGUGCUAGACUUCAACACCAUGUCCGAGAUCAUGGAGAGCGGCUACACACGCAUCCCAGUCUACGAAGAUGAACGCUCCAACAUCGUUGACAUUCUGUAUGUAAAGGACUUGGCCUUUGUUGAUCCAGAUGACUGCACAACACUUAAAACUGUGACCAAGUUUUAUAACCACCCAGUCCACUUCGUCUUCCAUGACACCAAACUGGAUGCCAUGUUAGAGGAGUUCAAAAAAGGCAAAUCUCACCUGGCCAUAGUGCAGCGGGUGAAUAAUGAGGGAGAAGGAGACCCUUUCUAUGAGGUGCUGGGUCUGGUGACACUGGAAGACGUUAUUGAGGAGAUUAUCAAGUCAGAGAUCCUGGAUGAGUCUGAUCUCUACACUGACAACCGAAACAGAAAGAAGGUGGACCCAAAUAAAAAUAAGAGGGACUUUUCAGCCUUCAAACAUGAAAGCGAAUCCAAGGUGAAGAUCUCUCCCCAGCUGCUCUUAGCUGCUCAUCGAUUCCUGGCUACUGAGGUGAGCCUUUUCAGUCCACUCCAGAUCUCUGACAAAAUUUUGUUGCGAAUCCUCAAGCAUCCUGACGUCAUCCAGGAUCUGCGGUUCAAUGAAAAUGACAAGCGCUCACAGCAACACUACCUAUAUCAGCGUGGCAAGCCUGUUGACUAUUUUAUUCUCAUCUUGCAGGGCCGGGUGGAAGUGGAGGCAGGCAAUGAGAAUAUGAAGUUUGAGACUGGUCCCUUUUCUUAUUAUGGAGUCAUGGCAUUAACUACAUCAUCCUUGGCUGUCACCCCCCCUCUGUCCCCCUCCGUGGUGCUGCCUCGACCACGGCGCCUUUCUCUUAAGAGGUUUUCUCUGUUCUCUCGCUUCCCAGAGUUUCGUUCUCCUUCGCACCUUAGCGGGCUGAAUCGCUCGGCUUCUGUGAGCUGCACAGAGAGGGUGGAUGCACUGUCCACCAGCGGCAGCAACUCACAGCUCAACAGUGCCUCCACACCCCAAUAUGUCCCGGACUUCAAUGUGCGUGCCCUCUCCGACCUACAGUUUGUUAAGGUCACUCGUGCUCAGUACCAAAAUGGUCUUUUGGCCUCCAAACUGGACAGCACACCACAGUCACCUCAGAGCAAUCACAUUAGAUUGGACAGCAUGAUUGCUCCAUCACUGACUCCACCCACUACUUCUACAACCUGCAGCACAGUACCGUCUGCACUCAGAGAUGGACCAAACGAGACCACAACACUGCUAAAUGACAAGAACAGCCUGAAUAGUCACCGGGCUGCCCAACCACAGUCCUAUUCUAACUCCAAUUCCAACUCAAACCUCAACAUCAGUACUAACACUAACUCCAGCCCUCACCCUCUAUCCAACAACCACCCUCAGACACAGAGUUACCCCAACAACCCAAACACUCAGACACCUCAUCUGCACAUUCACACCAUCUCUCUUAGCCACGCACACACAGAGAGCACUAUCUGAUUGUUGAGCUGUGGUUGGCGUGAGGCUCUGGAGAGGACCAGACCUAUCCAUAAACAUGCACAUACACACAAACAAAUCUAUAUGUGUACAUGGCCAUUUACAAUCUAUAUGCAAUCGAACACAGAAGCACUUACACACAUGAACUUUGGAGCAGGCCUUUCUUCCUACCUUUCCUGCAUGGCAGCUUUGUUUCCUAUUUCCAAUUUCCAGUUUGAUGGGAUUUCAGUGAAACCCAGAUGUCUACAGCAGGAGAUUUCAGCGUGUUGUGAAAGAGAUCCUACAGGUGUAGAGAAACCUGAAUGAAGAAAGUUCAUUAACAGGUCAUAAUGACCUUUUUUUGCAUGUUGAACACAUAUGCACAUUUUUGUGUUUAAUAGUUUGGAUAAGUGUUUCUGUAGCAUGCAAUGGCCUAAAAAUGUCAACAACACAUGUCCAUUUUUGAAUGACAUAACAUUAUAUUAGAAAUGAUUGCAAGAUGUGCACUUUUUAUAACCCUUAAGAAUCCAUACCAAACCUUUCGUGACUGUUUUUUCCUGUUUUGUAGUUUUGGUGUUACUGUUACCAAGGCUCUCCAGGGAACCCGUGGUGAAAUCUGUUCAACAUAAGCAUGAAUUUCCACUGCUUUACUAGGUUUAUCAGUUUAUCAAGUGUACAUUACACACAGUGUGUUCUCAAGGUAGAUACACUUGUCACACUACAGUUUGGACUGUAUGUCAACCAUAGUUCUGCAAAUCAUUAAAACCAUUGUACAUAUUUAGUACUAUAUUUGACAUGUAUUAAAUAACUUUCGACCCUGAAGCAGUGGAGAGCUAUGUAACAGACCUAAACACAAGCUCUUUUAUUCUUGGUUAGAGUAGAAUAUAUGGAAUCAGUAAAUUAUUAAAUAUUUAUUUGUGCCUAAAUUAAUGUGUAUAUAGGAUUCUCCAUUUUGAACUGGAAUUAAUGUUCUAUGUUUAGAUUGCAUCAGUUUAUCAGGGCACAUCUGUAUUUUGUUCAUUUAAGAGGCCAAACCUGGCCAAAACUGUCCAGUACCAAAGCACAGAUCAUUUCCUUAUGGAAGUCAUUGUCGUUUUGUUCUCUCUCAAAUAUUAUAGUUUGGAGUAAAAAUUAGAAAUACAUUCCAGAAUAUGAAAUCAACUGUAGCUUUACUGGUGCUGAGACACAACAGAGACACUGUGACUCAAAUCAAAUUGUAAAUUCAGUGUUUUUCUCUCCUCACAUGCCAGAAUCAAAGCUAGCUUAAAAUACAGGAAAUGUUUAGCUAGUCCAGCAGAACUAGAUAUUAUAUCCAUGUAGCACAUUCAUAAGGACCAGUGAUUCUGUUGAGUGAGCAAAUGCACCUGUAGUGUGAACUCUGCAUUAGAAUUAUUGCUUCCUAAUACUACAGCUCUAGCAAAGAGGAAAACUCCACAGCACUACUAAGUGUUAAGUUGUUAUGACAGAGAGAAUCUUCGAAUCCUCGUUUGGAGUUCUCACCAUUUUAAGAUAGCAUAGUAACAGUUUUUAGGCAUGCUUAACAGCUUUGUCAUUCAUGUUCAAAUUAUUCAGUUCAUACGCUGUUUUUACUUCAAGUUGAAAUCGGUUGAAUUGGGAGGAAGGAUGUUUCUCAUUCAAAUCGACAAUUGCAUAGUAUGUUUUUCUGUUGAAAAGGUUUUUUUAAUAGUUCAUGAGUUAAUGUCUUUUUAUGCCUUUAUGAGAUGUCUAAAAAGCAAUAGACAGAUGAAUUCAAGGAUUUAUUAUAAUUAAUUGCACAAAUACUAAGUGGUUUAUAUUUUACCUCCGUUGAUGUUACAUGUUUUAGAAUUUUUUUUUAUAUAUUUAAACCAAAAAGUGUAGUUAAAGGUGGAUAGUUAAAGGAGGCAAAAUGGAUCUUCAUAAGCAUAUUGGUUAUGACCAUGCAUUAUUGUUUCAAUAUGACCAAAGGUACACAUAUAAAUUCAUUGGGAAAGAUGUUAGCCAAAGCUAUUUGCACUUUGAUCUGUCUGUAUCUCCUUUGUUAAAGUAACAUAUUGCCCUUUUUUGGGCCCUGGGUUGUGGAACGAGACACUCCUGCAUCGCAGAAGUAAUUAAAUUUCUUUGGGCUAGAGGUCCAGCAGGUAAUCUGCUGUUAAUAUUUCAUUGGAACUUUGUCAGUGACCCUGGUGAGGUGCAUUUUCAUUAUUAAGUGAGUUGUAGCUGUCUUUUUUUUUCACUGUAACGCCCUCAAUUUGACCAUUUGUUACCACUGAAGGUUAAAGAUUAUGAUUAUGUCUAUGCAGGUGUGCUGCGGGUGUGCUAUUUUCCAUUGUGCAUGGUUUACGCAUCAGUGUUUGUGGCUAUGCAUCUUGUGUGUUGAUGCAUGAAACAGUGAAGAAUUCUGCAAACUAGCAAAGCUCAUCUGACUGCUCAGACAUCAAAUAUUUUUUUGCAAAGCGUGAUUGUCUUCCGUUUGCUUGCUAUGUAUUUGUCAUAGCAGUUUUUUUCUUUUUCUUUAACAGAACAUGUAUAGUAUUGUGACCUCCCCUAUGUUUUUGCAGAGCGAUGCAUUUUAUGUGACUAUACAAAACACUGAGUUUGAUCAUUAAUGUCUGUCUGUGUUUGUCUUAAGGGAAGAGUGUAACGAGCAAAUGUACUGUACUUCCACUAAUGUUUGAUUGUUCUAUUUAAAGCAAUGUGUACAUAGCAUUUCAUAAGGACUGCUAGGAAGUUCUCAUGAAUGUGACAAUAAAUCUAAGACAUCUAUUUCUCUAUUAAAAAAAAUCUUCUCUCUUUUAUUUAUUUAGCAUAAUAAAUAACUUGGGUUUUCCUAUUAAUGUAGCAUUUUGAAUACAGGUGGUCAGUCCUUUAAGAACUGUUGAAGGAAAUAUAUUGUGCAUGUGUUAUCUUCCCACCUCUGACCCAUUAGUAGAUAAUAAGCACUUUGACCUAUUGUGUAAUAUUACUGAAUUAUUACAUGUGGGAUUAUCUUGAAUGGGCAUGUUUUGACAUAAGGGUGUCAGGAGCAACAACAGAAAUAAUGUUUAGGAUACAAAUGUUUUCAAUAAUGGCUGCUAUACUGCAAAUCUCCCUCUUUUUCCUUUUUUUUUUAUUGUUGUCUACUACUAUGAUUAUGACUAGC